GCAGAACCGGGGAAAUACCACACGUGUGUUUGGUUUGGUUUGACAUCAAGGUUGAACGUCCAAAGACGGGUCUGUAUACGAAAUGUCGUGGUUGUUCGGCACAGGUAAACCGGCUGCACCAGGGGCGGGUGGCACGCCUCCGCAAGUCCCCGGGUUGGGUGGCAUGCCCCCGCAAACCCCUGGUGCAGGUGGCCCGUCCGGAUCACCACCCACAGACAGUAAAGGAGGAAAGAUGGACAAAUACUCAUUUGAUUCGACUGCCCUCGAAAGAGCCGCUCAGGCCGCAAAGGAAUUGGAAAAGUCAUCUCAUGCCAAAGAUGCAUUGCAAUUAUCCAGGAUGCAAGAAGAAACGAAACAGCUUGAACAAAAGAGGAAAAUGAGGGAUGCUGAUACUUUGAAAGAACAGUAUAGAAUUGAAUUAACCCGUACAGCUGGUGAGGAAAAGAGAAAAACGAUGGCAGAAGAAUCGAAAUACCAUAAAUCAAAAGCCGAAUAUGAGGACAGAUUAGCAAGACAACGCUACACUGACCAGCUGGGCCAACAGGCGAAGCAGGAAGAAGAUAUGCGAGCGAAGAACGAGGCUUCCAUAGCCAAACAAGAAAAGCUGAGAAAGGCAACAAUGGAUUAUGAAUACGAACUGCGACGUAAAAACGAUAUGGCACGUGUACAGGCUGAAAUGAAGGGAAAGGCUAAAGCUGACAGAGAGAAUCACGAUCUCAUCAAGGAGCAGCUAAGAAUCAAGGGCCAGGAACAUCGCCAAACUGUGCUCGAGUCCAUUAAGACGGCCGGCUCUGUGUUGGGAGCUGGCUUCCAGGCCUUCAUCAGUGACUGGGACAAAGUCACAGCUAUGGCUGCUGGCUUGACAAUGGUGGCUGCUGGAGUGUAUUCUGCCAAGUAUGGUAUAGGAGUGGGAGCCCGCUUCGUGGAGGCUAGACUGGGAAAACCUUCUCUCGUCAGGGAAACAUCUCGAUUAACAGUCACAGAAGCCGUCCGACACCCGAUAAAGACAGUGAAGCGUAUUUACAGCAGUCCAGAGGACGCCCUCAAAGGCAUCAUCCUUAAGCCAGAACUUGAGGAGAGACUUCGAGAUAUCGCCAUAGCAACAAGACACACAAAGCAAAACAAGGGAUUCUAUAGAAACAUACUAAUGCAUGGUCCUCCGGGUACUGGAAAAACAAUGUUUGCAAAGAGCCUGGCUAAACACUCGGGAAUGGACUAUGCCAUUAUGACUGGAGGUGAUGUAGCACCCAUGGGAAAGGAUGGAGUGACUGCCAUGCACAAAACAUUUGACUGGGCUAGCACAAGUAGGAGAGGGUUACUAUUGUUUGUAGACGAGGCAGACGCAUUUUUAAGAAAAAGAAGCAAGGAGCAUAUAAGUGAAGACCUUAGGGCCACUCUGAAUGCUUUCCUAUAUAGAACAGGGGAACAAUCAACCAAAUUUAUGUUAGUACUAGCAAGUAAUCAGCCAGAACAGUUUGAUUGGGCUAUAAAUGACAGACUUGAUGAGAUGGUAGAAUUCCUGUCACCAUCUCUGGAAGAAAGGGAGCGUCUUGUGCGGCGUUACUUUGACCUGUAUUGUCUAGUACCAGCCACAGAGAAAAGGGGGCGAUUGAGAUUAGCUGAGUUUGAUUUUGGAGAGAAAUGUUUGGAAAUAGCUAAAAUGACCGAAGGUUUAUCAGGAAGAGAAAUCUCGAAAUUAGCUGUAGCGUGGCAGGCAUCUGCCUACGCUUCGGAGACGGGUGAACUGACAGAAACGAUGAUGGAGGAGUGUGUCAUGAAUACCGUUAGACAGCAUGCCAAGAAAGUCGUUUGGCACGAGGAGAGUGCCGCUACAGAGACCAGGGAGAUCGGUGCAUCGUACACUUCAGAGAAAGAUGCUUCCACAGGCGUAGCGAGCGUCAAGAAGGAUCCCGUUAGUUAACAAUGAGUGGCUUUAGGAUGUUUUAAUUGGCAGAAUGAAUGUCUCUCUCGGGGGGCCGAAAUCGCAGCUCUCUGAUCGGAACAUUUCACUUCAGAUUGAUGUUUUAGUUUAUGGAAUUCAGGACAUCACAGGUCUUGUGGUGGUGUUAUGUUGGAGUGAUCAUUGUGUUUAUUCGGUAAAAUACAAAUUUGUGUAUUGAAUGUUGAAUCCAGGAUUUCAAGACAAUUGACAAGAAUGUUUAGUGAAGUUCAGAGUUUGCAGAUUCAACUGAACAUGAAAAGUGAAAAGCACUGCCAAGGAAAAAAACUGUACCUCAGUAAAAUUUUCACAAAUACAUUUUUCACCUAAUUGUAUUUCAAAUGACAUGUUCACAUAGAUUAUAGUAAGUGAAUUUAAGAAUAGCAGGUGUAACUAAGAUACAAACAUGUACAUUUUCUCAAGGUAUUUGAAUUUGUGGUAUACUCCCCAUAUAAAUUUAUGCCAAAGUUGAUAUCUUGAGAAAUAUAAGGGAUUUUCAUGUACAUGUACAGUAUUCAAGUUUGUGGAAGGAUAACAAUUAUUUUUGAAAGCACAGAUAUCUUGAGAAGAAGAUUUUAUCCAACAUUUAGUCAGAUUUGCGUGAGAAAUGUGCAUGUAAGUCUAGAGGAGUGAGCAAGAACUCAUGAAUAUAUAAUGAUCAAAAUAACACUGCCACUGCAGUGCCAUAACCGUUGGAUGGUGCAGGGUACAUUUGUGUGUGUCCAAAGUUUUGAUUUCACUCUUGAAUAAGAAGUAAAAAACACUGGAAGGAUUAGCUCAAACUGAUUAUGAGUGACUAUUGUUUUAAAAAACUGAGGGCAAACUUUAGGCAGAGUGAAAAUAUGAGUGUGUUGUAAGCAAGAUGUGUGUUAAGUGUGUUAAGAUGUAUAUUGUGUGUUAAGAUAUGUGUUAAGUGUGUGAUAAUCUAGAACCAUUCUAAGUACAUAGAAUUUGGGGAUUCUUGCCAUACAUUUUGCUAAAACUUUCAAUUCCAGUUCAAAUGAAAGUUGUGUCCAAUGUUUCAUAUUCCAGUUGAAUAUAUUACGAGUACCUGUGAUUCCUGGCAUGGGACUUCAUAUCUAUCAUUGAAGAUAACAUUCAACAAUCAGUUACAAUAUUAUGAGGAUAUAUCAAAACAAAAUUUAUACAAGGGAUCUUUACUGUUCAUAGAAUUCAACAUAUUGAAGAAGUGUACAAAACAUCCAUGCAUAUGCAUUAGUUUAGAUAAUUUUAGAAUACUUGCCUGUGUGGUUUUCAGUUAAAGCUGAUGGUGUAAGUGAAGAACAAUGUACCAUACAAAUAUUUGUCCCUAUCCUCCACAUGCAAACAAGAAUAUAUUAUUGUUGGAUACUGGCCAACUGUCUGACUGACUAUAUAUAAAGAAUUUCAGACCUGUACACAACCUUCAGUCCACCGGAUAACAAGGCUUGUCAAAUAAUUAAAUAGUUCCUUAAUUUGUAUGGUAUUGCCAUCAUUCUUAACUUGCAUUGUCAGCUUUAAGCUGCGAAAUAUACUGUAAAAGCUGCUUAAUACAAUGUUUGGAUCAUGCGUUGUCAGCUUUAAGCUGCUAUAUAUACCGUAAAACCGUGGAACAAAACUUCAGCAUCCACCGGCACGGAAUGAAGGAAAUGAAACUACAGUACCAAUAGCAAAAUUAUUUCUUAUCUCCCUUUGGUUUGUCACAAACCUGUUUUAAUAUGUAUUGGAAAUAUGAAGGGCCAUAAACUAAAGGCAAACUGGUCAAAUUAACAGUAUCAUAUUUCGGAGCAUUUUCCUUUUCUAGCAGGGUUAAGGUUGUCAAAAUGAGAUGAACAGCCAUCUUGGUUUAUAAUUGUUUUCAAAGUAAAAGAUGCCAAAAAUAUAACAAUUUAAAAAACAAAAACACUGCAUUAUAAGUCUGUUUUAAUCUUUUAUUCUGUAUAAAUAAUGUACAAUUGUAAACAUAGUGUGCAAUUUUUGAUUGUGUUGACAAUAAUUUUGUGCAUUUAAAAUGACAUACCUCAUAUACCAUUGUU